AUGCCUAACGACAAUACGACUGUGUGCGGCUGCGGGGUCGUGCUCGACCUGCCGAAAGCUCGUUACGGCAAGGCCACGACACCGACUCGCAACUGCAACAUAUACAUCCCGAGAAACGGAAAAGAAAACGGCAGCGGUGGUGGGCAUCAUCAUCGCUCGGGCAAAACCACGAAAAAGACGUCGGAAUCGAUGGAGCAUCUGUCGAUGAGGGGCCGCGGCCCCAACAGUAGAGCCUCCGACAUGGGCAGCACCAGCUCCGUCGCCGAGCAUCAGUCCUCCAGGUAUAGCAGUAAAAACGGCAGCGGAUGCAGCAACGGUAACACCAGCAACAAAAAAGACAAACGAUUCAGCUCGGGGAGGCGGACGCGUAGCGCCGAGAGAAUCUCCGAGUCACAUUACACGUAUAUCGACUCUGGCUCGAGUAUCGCAAGCAUUCGGGACAGCGCCAUAGCGGAGCAUCUGUACUGCACGAUCGACGGCGAGGAUGACGACGACGACGGCAACAACGUGAUCGUCGAGACUCGUGCCCCGCAGCAGCCACCACAACAGUCCACAACGUCGGCGACGGCGGCGUCAGCCCCGACGACGACGACGACAACGACAGCGUCCAAUAACGCGAUUAAUCAGCAGCAUUCGACGCAAGCCGCCCAGCAGCAACAGCAGCAACAGAACAAUCGCCCGAUGCACGCGAUCCCAUCGAUGACCUCGCCGCCGCCUACUUACGACGUCGUCAUCGCCAAGACUUGGCAGACGGGAUUACCGCCCUCGUACGAGGAGUACCUGUUCCACAAGCAGAGCCUGCUGCAGCGCUCGCACACGCCGCCCCCGCCCUGGACGGACUCGUCCAACUCGUCCACGAUGCUGCAGACGACGACGGCGGCCAACAACGCCGCCAACAGCCUCGAGAUACACAGCGUCGGCCGCGAGCUGCUGGCCAGCCAUCCCGAGCUCAGGGAGUACCUGACGCAGCUCGCGCUGCAGGCCGGCGCCGAGCACGCGGCCCAGCAGUACCACCAGCUGCUCAGCCAGCAUCAGGCGCUCAAGAAGCAGGCGGCCAGGCAGCAGCGAACCAGAGCCAUGCCACCGAGAUCUCAGAGCGAAAGCCGAGCACAACAGCAACGCAUGUGUGCGGACGCCGCUUUCUGCAUGGAAACAACGGCGAUUCAGUCGGCCUUCGACAAUGGAAUCUCGUUCUGCAGUCUCAUGUAAAAAAAUUAAUAGUAAUAAUAGUAAUGGGGGAAAAACGAGCAACUUUAGCACGGGAUAACGAAGUUAGCAAAAAACUACUAACAAAAGAACAGCAAGGAAACAGCAACAACAACAUCAACUACAACAAACGAAAAAUAACUAUACAAGAAAACACAAAACUAAAAAAAAAAUUCAAUGGCUCCGGCUUCAUUAUUUCUUUACUUCUGGCUGGUUCAGAAGACGGCUCAAGCACUCGGCUGACCAAACACCGCCUUUUUCUACUCCCCUUCUUUGACUUACCCGGCGUCUUGUUCUGCUAUUAUAGGUGAACUUUGUUACAUAAACCUCCUCGGUUUUUUUCUACAAAUUGGACAAUUUAAGAAAAAAACAAACUCACAUUUAAUCGGUUUUCUCGAGAAAUAAACUCGAGGAGAUAAUUCAAUAGCACGAGAGAGAAGAAGCAAAGUCCAAAAGUAAGUUUUGAAAUUUCAAUGAACCGUUUUUUUUUCAACUCUUCAUCGAGCAUAUAUUCCGGUGGGAACGGUGGAAACUUAUAACUGGUCAGAAAGAGAGCGAGUAAGAGUGUGAAAGAAAACUAGGGAUUAAAAGAAAGAGAUAUUUUCGAUAUUAAUUUUACGAUAUAUUUUUGCAUGUAGAUACCAAAACGAAGCAGUGCUUUUUACGAAUGUAUAUUUUAAUUGAAUAAACGAAGAGAGAAAGAGAAUGAGCGAAAAAUUAAGAGCAUUCACAGAUGCCCAGUACAAAGUACAAGAAUGACCGAUUGCUUUCGAAUCGAAACGAGAUGUAUUUUUUAUAUUGUAAGUAUAUUUCAAUCUACAUAUAGUAUAUUUAUUUCGUUGAAAGAAAAAUAAAUUAAAAACUACGAAAAAAAAAUAGAAGAGAUCGAUGCAUCAUAGUUUGCAACGAAAAAAAAAUCCUUCUGCGUCGAGAAAUCCGAAGCUGUAACGACAAGUAUACGCGAACAUUGUAAAAACCAGACGCGUUUCGAGUUCAUGCAAAUUAUUUUACAUAUAUACGUUUCCUUCGUUUUUUUUUCAUUUUUACUAUGAAAUACAGUAGACUCACUGAUUGCGACUUUAUUACGGCCCGAAGAAGAGAGAGAGAGAGAGAAAGAGAAAAGAACCUCGAAAAAACAUUUCGCUACUGCGCCAGCACGAGAAUGAAAAACAGAAUCGCGGACGCCCUUUUUCCGAAUACAUAAAUACGUACGUACGGUAUACCACGACGCACUGACUGUAAAAUUUUUAAAUUACAUUGUUAGUAUUCACGACUAUUAUUUCGUGCGUGAGCACGUUCACAUCGUUUCGCCAAUAAGUUACGUGUACGGAUUAAAAAAAAAAUUCAAAUGGACAGCUCGAUGGAUCUCUCGCUCAUCAUUGUUAAAAAAUAAAAAAGAAGAAAAAAAGAAACCAAAAGAGCACCGAUAUAAAGUAUAUAAAAUAUGUUACGAAAAGGUUUCUCAGUUAUUGAUAUAUAAUUUUCAUCGACCUACUAAACGAUUACGAUACUAAAAUCGGCCAAGUAACGAGUGAAACACUAAAAAAUUGAAAUACAUAUGAAUAUAUACGAUAUUAGACGUGUUAUAAACUGGUAGUUAGUUAGAAUAUGUCACGUAUAUCCACGUGCGUCUUUGUGCACAAAAAAAGAAAAGGUAAAAUGCGGCAACGAAUCCCGGUCGCUUGCUCGACCGGCGUGUUAUGAAUCGCACUCGUUCAGCUGUAACAACCUGGAGCGCGUUUGAUAUAGGAGAUUUACAGAGUUCUAAAAGCCCAAAGAUAAAAAAACUAAAAAAUAUAAAAAAAAGAGUGUGUGUCCUACUAGCUCUCGUGUAUAACAUACAAAAAAAAUCCUUACUGUAGAGACUGUUUACAAAUGACUUGAUCCCCAAGUGUUAACACCGCGACACGAGCACAAUAUACCGCACGAAACCUGUAACAGACACCCACAUCCAUUCGAUGCACUCACGUGCGACACACACGCAUACACAAACACACACAUACACACACACACACAGGAACACACGCAUCAUCGUGCAAACGCAAAAACUCGAUUGUACAAAUACUAGCCCACAUCAUUUGCUGAUGGAUAAAACACACAAGUGCGCGAUUUACACUCGCGUAUAUAAAUGUUAUAAAGUUGGCCAGGCCAACGAAUCGAUACUUUCUCGACGUGAACACAUACACACGACACAAACACGGACACACUUAUGGCAAAAACUCUUACGCAAAAUCACACGCAAACAGAAUCGAUCUACGGAAAAACUUCUUUAAUGAUAAUGUAUACAAUAUAUAUUAAAAAUAAUUAUAAUAUAAACAUAAAAUAUAUGAAUUAUACGUGCACGUGCAUGAAGAUGUGGCUAUAUUAUAAAAACAAAGUACAUCUUGGUCCUCUAAGCUCUUUUUCCAACUUUUAGUCGACGAACUAACGUAACAAUUAUAACUCUGGAUUAUACCGUCAAAAGAAACAUUUUUGCCGCGAGUGGGUACGAGCGUGCGAAACAAACGGAAGUUUCCUUUUCAUUUUAUACUUAAGAGAAAAAAUGAAUAUAGCUCCUAAGCAACUGUAAGUAUUAUACAUACAAAUAGGUGAUAUAUUUUAUUUAUAAGUUAGCGCGAAAAGAAAACGGUGAAAAAGGUGAAACACGCGACAUCUCGUGAAAAGUAGUAAAGUACGACGGAAUUGAGAAAUGAUCUCACUUUGAUUCGUCGUGAUUCGAAAACUCGUGUUAAUAAUCGUGUUGAGAAGUAUAAAUAUAAAAAAUACACAUGAAUCAAGAAAACGUAAAAAAAAACGAUGAUAUUUUUAUUCUAAUAUUUUCAUAUGCGUAUGGAUGAUUACGGAGACGAUUAUGAACAAACAAUGCGCGUACAUGUAUUAUACAUAAAUAUAUAAAUAUAAAUGCAUAUUUUUAUAUAUAUUAACAAUUUCCAUAAUUUAUUUGGCAAUCGAUUUCGUGGUUUUCAAUAAAACAAAAGUUUGCACACGCAAAAGAGACUCUGAUCACAUAUAAAUCUAAAGGCAACCGUUCAAACGCGAUAUCACAUGUUAAAAAAUUAAAGUUUGAAUUUCGUCUAAUAUAGGAAAGGGAAAAAAAUAAAACUGUAACUCGAACGGCGUGGAUGGAUGCGUUUUAAAGAUUUAAUAAUUAAAUUUAAGAAUGUGUUAGCGUAAACGAUUAGUACUUGUAUUAUUGCGUGGCCACUUAUUUCCCUCCCUUCAAACGAUCUAAAAAUACCCGAUCGUCAUUCGGAUUCAUUUGAUUCAAAGGUUGAAUGCUUCUUUCUAGAGUAAAUGGGUUUUAUAAGAAAAAAAAAUAUGAUGAAACUUUGCAGCUGAAUUCGAAUUAAUUGCAGUCAGCGUUACGUCUAAGCGCACACUUAAUUAUAUAUGUCUAAAGUAAAGAGAGAUGCAAAUCUUGGGUUGGACAAAAACGAAAAAAUAGCGACAGAAAAGAAUGAAUAUUAUAUUAUUAAGACACUUGGAUCAUAGAACUGCCAGGAGCGCAAAAGUUCUAAAAAUACAUAAAACAUUAUUACCGUAAGUCUACUUCUUAUAUUAAAAACAUGUUUGAAAACAGAUGAAUAUAUGUGUACGAGUUCGAUGCAUGUAUAGCGUAAUAAUAAAAUUGCAACGAGAAAUAUUUAAAGGUUUUCCUCGCUGUAAGUGAUUAAAUUUCUUUAUGUUUUUUUUUAUUAUAAAGGAGAAAAAAAUGUGUUAAACGAAUGACUAUAAUUGUACAUUAAAAAUGUUACGAGGAUGUAGGUAAAUGCAUUUAGUGCUAAAAUGUGUAAGCUAUGCUGAUCGCUGGCCCGUAUUAUGUAAAGUACAAAACUUUGAUCGAGCUGGAACGAAUCUCCACUAUUACGGUAGUAUUAAAAGUCGAGCAUUACUUUUGAAACAGGUUCGCUCUAAAUUUAUUUAUAUUUACAUAACGAUAUUAAAAUUUAGAAAACGAACAAUUAUUUAUAUAUAAUCCAAUAACUUAGAGUUUCAUAUCCAUCAUACAUGUAACGACUAAUGCACGAUAUCUUAUUUAACUUCGAUGAAAUUCAAGCGAUUCGAGAACCGAGAAGCAUCGAAUACAACAAAAAGAGUCAGAGUGUGAAAGAAAGAAAGCUCAGCCGGAAAACAAAUAUGAAAUAUGUCAGUUUAAAUUCGAGAUACGUGUACAUAAAUGCGAGAGAACGGUGGGAGCUUUCGUGACAAAAUUGUAUGCUCGUGUUUGUUGCGUAUUCCCGCCGAUGCAUGGAAUAUGUCGCAAGCUUGCGUCAGGUGCUAAAAAAGAUGCGAUUCGCGCAAAAGCUCUGCAGCUGGCUCCGAUUAUAUGCACUAUACAUAGGAUAUGCUAAUAAAACACUUUGCUCGCUGCAUUCUUCUUGCUCAGAGCUCCUGUAUAUAUACGUGUCUGUUUUUUUUAUUUUUAUCGUAAGCUUUAUUAAAAUGCAAAUGAGUGGCGAAACAGGAAGAGAGAGAGACCGAGUUGAAUUGUCUGCGUUGAAAUUACUAUACGCCCACGUGGCUGAAUGCGCGGUACGUAUAUACGGUACGAGAGCGAGCUUUUUGGCUUACAACAACGGAUUUGCAGCAUAAAGGAUUAAUUUGGUCACUGCACCUUACACCGUCCGAUUGAUAAAUAUAUUUCUAAUAUAUACGAUGAAUAUUUUUCUUCGAUACACUAAAAAAAUAUGUGUAUAUUUGUUUUUAAUUUUUGUUUUGCGCUUUACAUCUAUGUGUAAUUCUCGAGUAUCGAUUGUACAGAUACUUUAUUACUAAUAUGUACUAAUGCUCGUGCACACACCUUCACACAUAGGUAGCUCGCGAUCUCUGCGGCCCGGCCUGAGUAAGUGUGCAUGCCCACCGUAACGAUUAUGCAAUUAUAUCACUCACACAUGUAAAUAAUGUAUCGAGUUACAAUUGUUCCAGAAAACGAGUUGCGAGUACGUCUAUAUAUGUAAGAUAUGUAAUGUUCCAGUGUAUAUGUAUACGCACUUAUGCGCGUUGCGAUGCUUUUGAAAAGUCGACGAUUCCGACGCGUGAGUGGUUUAUGCGUUACGUAAAUAUAUAAGCGAAACUUGGCUGAGGAAAUGGCGCACGAACAGUUCUGGCGAUUGGGAGAGUGGGACAGAUAGAUUAUUGUGUAAAAAAAUGCAGUGCAGUGCCGUGCGAAGACUUGAUAUUUUUGUAUGACUAGGGAGAAAAGCGACGAGAGGGAACUAUACGAUGAUUCGUCCAGUAAGGGUCAGAAAAAAAACAUUACUUUACCCAAAUAUUGUCGAUGAUAAACCAAAUUCAUAUAGAGAGAAACGGAGAGAAAAAACAAGAUUAUAGCUAUCAUUAUCAACGUAUCGAAAUAAACGAAUUGUGUGCAUGCGUGCGUGCGAGCCCAAGCCGAUUAUAAUAUAAUAAUAUAUGACUUUCUUAGCAGCAGCUCGCCUGCGCGCAUAUAUGAUACAAAGGCACUAACUGACGAAAUGAACUUUCAACACUUAAUUGUACGCGUAUACCAUAUUAUAUAAUAUAACGUGUUAUAAAAAAUAAUUGACAAAAAAAGAAGAAAAAAACAUACUGUAUUAAAUGUUGUGUAUAAAUGUUUAGAGGACCAAGAAAUAUAACUUGGAAAAUGUGAAAAUGUCCUGAAGUUUUUUCAUUCGUAAUCGAAGAUACGUUUGUUUACCUUAUAUGCAUGUAUCUACAUCCAACAUCCAAUAUCACUACUCGCUCCCUCGAAGUUGGAAACGAAAAACAAUUGCUUUUCCUUAUUUCCUUUUUUUUUAUUGUUUUCCCCCCUUUUUUGCAUAUAUAUCCACAGAUUCUAUCAUCUUUGAUCGAAGGAGCCACGUGAGACAACACUGAUGCACGCCCGAGGAAACGUUGCGGUGGACUUUCUAUAUCUAUAUGUACGAGCAAUGCAAUGAGAAUGAGGUCCACGCAAGCCGCAACACACUAACACGAGCUCGGGGAUCUGUCUAUAUGUAUGUCUGUGGGCAUCUCAAAUCCAGGACUGCUCUUGCCUUA